AUGACUGAACGCCUUCGGGCAGCUUUCCAACCUCACCCACGCCCCAGAACUACCUUCUCAGUCUCCGAAUUUGUUUCGGGAUACGAAGACUGCAACAACAACAACACUGAGGUUCCUGCGGCUGGUGAGGUAUCUCGACGAAGCAGUCGGUCUUCCUGUAAGACGAGACGAUCUGAUGCCAGCUCCUCUUCCGAGGAUGGGUCACCACUCGCACAAGUAAAUCUCAGAGUUGGUUCAAUGACGGUGAGCAAGUGGCUUACCUUCGAGCAUGUUCUAUUCAGCGACGUUCGCCAUGAACUGGUUCCUGUUGAGGGACCACUGAAGAGGCACUCAAUACUCGUAAUUGAUGGCCUUGGUAACGAUGACUGGUCAUUCUACGCUGCGGAAGCAUACCCGGCUGCCACCUUCUUCAACCUGUCUCCUCGCGCUCCUCUUCCUGAAGAACUCAAGAGUUCAUCUUCGAGCUUCCCUCUCAGCCCUCCAAACCACCACCAGAUCCAAUACGUCUCUCACCUCGACAAGUUUCCGUUCGCCCCUCAGAGCUUUACGGCUGUUGUCUAUCGCUUCCCUGUCGCAGCUCCUGAAGCAUACUACCGCAGCAUUCUCACCGAAGCGCGCCGUGUGUUGGAGCCAGGAGGCUUCAUCGAGCUCUGCAUUCUCGAUGUUGACCUAAACAAUAUGGGCAACCGGGGCCGGCGUACAGUCCGCCGUCUCAAAGAGAGGAUAAACGAGAGAACGCCUGAUACUAGUCUCGGAUCAACCGCAGAUCUCAUUCUUCGUCUCCUUGGCAAGGUUGGUUUCACUACCAUCAAGGCAGCACGAGUGGGUGUGCCCGUGGCAAGUUCCGUCACUCGCUCAGACAGUAAGGCCGACAAGGGCAAAGCUAUUGCUGAGAAUAAGAAGGAUCCGCCAAGUCUAUCCGAGAUGAUGAGCGACAACAGUCCCUCGGCAGACGAGGGCAAGAUGGUCAGUCGGGUUGGCCGAUGGUGGUACACACGGUGCUACGAAAACGCAGCAGGGAAGUCCUCUGUAAAGAGCAUCUGGAGCGAUAAGUGUCUACUCUCUGAAGCUGAGGAGCUCGGUACCAGCCUGAAGCUCAUGGUCUGCUGCGCUCGAGCUCCUCUUGAUCGCAUCACCAGUGUCUAA